AAAUAAAACUCGAGCUGAUUCGUUCAUUCAAGAAAUUGCUUUCGAGGUGGUCCAUUAUUUUCUUCUUUAGCACCUCUCCAUCUGAAUCGCUUCAAUUGAAGAUUUUAGUUCUCAGCUUUCAUCAUUGCAAAUCGAUGGCAACUUUAAUAAAAGAUCAAGGGAUAAGAGGCUUGGGAAAUGUGAUUUCACAUUGGCAAUGGUGCUUCUACUGAGUAGUCAAAGUUAUACAGGAGUACAGAAACAACUUUCUUCAAGAUUUCUCCCCAGUACACAAAUUAUUAAUACUCUCAUGUGGAAUUUUAUCAGCUGGAUAAUAUGGGGUAAAAUGGGAGAUGAAUCUUCAUCAUUCCUGAGACGUUCAACUGAGCUUGCUGUUAUCUUACUUAGGAAUGGACAAUAUGAUGCUGUUGAGUCCCUACUUAUUGCGGUGGAGGAAAAUUCACGAAGGGAGAAAAUUUUUAGAAGUAUUCAGGAUACUAGUGGUGAUUGGUGCCUACUCCAACAUCUCCUGGGAUGUUGCUUUCUCAAUCAAGCACAGCGUGGAUUAAGAGGAACCUUAAAGGAGAGAAAAAUUGAGGAAGCUGUUCGAUGUUUUUUCCGAGCUUCAUCAGGAGAAUGUGCUUCUGAGGCUUUGCAGAACUUGUCUAAUGAAGCAGGAUUUCCACAUCUCAGCUUUAGGAAAACUUCAGAUGGUAAGGUGUCAGCUGCUGCAUGGAAGCUUUAUUACUAUCAGUGGGCGAUGCAAAUAUUUGAGCAAUAUAACAUUAGUGAAGGUGCCUGCCAGUUUGCUCUUGCUGCACUUGAGCAAGUUGAUGAGGCUCUUAAUCUGAAAGAUGGUGGCGAUGCCAGAGAUCCAUUCAUUGAAUCAGUCACUACAAUGAAAGGACGACUUUGGGCAAAUGUCUUCAAGUUUACUUUAGAUCUUAAUUUACUGAAUGAUGCCUACUGUGCAAUCAUUUCAAAUCCAGAUGAGGAGAGCAAGUACAUUUGCUUGAGGCGUUUUAUCAUAGUUCUAUAUGAGCGUGGUGGAGUAAAGGUUCCCUUUUAAACAAUACAUUAUGCACCUUGUUAUUCAAUGUUGUUUGUCUCCUUCAUCAGUUGUCAACUUAUAAUGGAAACAUAGGCUUAAAUUCAUUCUUGAAACUU